UCGCCGAAGACGCAAAUAAUAUUCGCAUAUUUCAUCACGACUAGCUAUUUAUUGUUGCUAUUUAAAGUAAGCUGCCACACGUACUCCGCACGUCGUUUAAAAAUAGCACAAAGAGCAUCAGGAACGCACACCUCGCACAGUAAAAGCUAAUUGUAGAAAAUUCUCGUUGCAGAGCAGGCGAGAAAAAAUCGAAACCAAAACCGAAAAACGAAUUAAAUAGAAAAUUUGCAAGUCAAAUAAAAAUGAGUUUGGUGUGGACUUUGAUCGCCGGCUUUCUCUACGCAGAGAUUGCCUUAGUCCUUCUGCUGGUCCUGCCAGUGGCGAGUCCUUACCGAUGGAAUCGCCUCUUCAAGUCCAAGUUUCUGGCGAUGUUAGCCCAGCAGGCGCACAUAUACUUCUUCCUCAUUAUGGGAGUGUUGGUGCUCUUCUUGCUGGAGGCCAUUCGUGAAAUGAGGAAGUACUCGCACUUUGAGCAGGCCGGGGAGGUGCAUCUCAACGUGGAGAUGCAGCACUCGAUGCGCCUCUUCCGUGCUCAGCGCAACUUCUACAUUUCUGGAUUCUCCAUUUUCCUGGUCCUGGUCAUCCGGCGACUGGUAACAUUGGUUUCUGCCCAGGCCAACCUAUUGGCUCAGAGCGAGGCCUCCAUGAAACAGGCUCAGAGCGCCACCGCUGCAGCUCGCUCCCUGAUGGAGGACAAGAAGACCGAGAAGGCCAAGGAAGCUGGCGAGGACACCACUCUGAACGAGCUGUCAGGCCUGCGGAGACGUGUGCAAGGACUCAGUGCCCGAAUAUCCUAAAUAUCAAAUAUCCACCCAAACACAUUCCCAUAUCCGAAAACAAAACGAAACACAAAACACGAAUAAAUAACCGAAUACUCAACUCGAACUCGAACUUUCAGCUCAACAAGCUGCGUGAGCGCGUCCAGGAGCUCACAUCCGAACUUAACCGCGAGAAGAAGGACAAGGAGGCCGUUAAGUCGCAGGCGGAGAGCCUUAACCGCGAGUACGACCGCCUCACCGAGGAGUACAGCAAGCUCCAGAAGCAGAUCACCAUCGGAGGAGCUUCCAAGGGCUCUGGCGACAAGGAUGAUUAAUCGGAAGGCUACUAGCACCAGUCAUCUAACAUUUAAAUAACGAUAAGACUUAUACAUGGCGGUGGGGGCGGCGGCGAAAGCAGGCACAUUUAAAAAAGAUUACAAACGAUUUUAAAUCGAUGGAAGCACACAUCCUAAUCCUCAUAUAUGCACCUAACCAUGAUAACGGACUGCUUACUGAUAGUAGUUUCCCGUUGCGUUUGUUUCGCCCAAAAAAAUUUAUUGUAUUUAAUUUGUACGUGUUAAGUUUUGUUUGCCACUCUGUAACACUCAGUCCGAAAGCGUCGUGGCUAUUAAACGAAAAACAAAAAGUA